AUGGCACGUGCCCUGUUCGCCCUCCUGCUCCUCUCCGCUCUCGCCCUCUCAUCUGCCAACACGUGUCCCUCCACCGGGGGCUGCCCCACGACGGCUCCCAAGUGCACUAACUGCCCCAACUGUGAAACCACCAUUACUUGCACGUGCAAGCCCAACCCCGCCCCCACGUGUCCUUCUCUCACGUGCGGGACCGUCUCUGGUCCUGACGGCUGUGGCGGAUCGGUCUCGUCCAACUGCCAGUGCCCCAGCGGUUACGCUUGCCAAGGCUCCGGCAAGUGCUGCGAGACUAGCUGCAAGACCACCGUGACGUCAUCCACCGGUCAGAAGUACACCUUGAAUGGAACUUGCGCUUCGACCCAGCCCGCCAACACUAUCAAGGGCGGCCCCUGCUCUUCGGGCUGCGGAACCUGCUACAUCUCUAGUUUCGACCCCAACCUUUGCCCCGCGACCCCCAACGGCCAGUGCUCCAAGACCGGCAAGUGCGGCUGCUUCGGCACCUAUUCCGGCGGCAGUUGCGCGGCCAGCAACUUUUUGAGCCCCGUCCCGUCGCCCCUCCCCGGUAACGGCGGCGGCUGCCAGGAGAAUCUCUGCAACGCGGUCGCCGCGCAGAACGGCAUCAGCGCCGCGUGCUGCCCCUCCGGCUGCAAGAACUGA